CAAUUGUUCAAUACUCCGUGUCGGUGUCUACAUCAACGGAUGUCACCUAAAUUCCUAAAAUACAUGUAAAAUACAGUGAAAAAAAGUGUCAGAAAAGAUUGUGCAAUAUUAUGCGGUUAAAAAAAUAUCCCAACUAAAACCCCCAAAAGUUUUUCCAACUCACAAAGUGAUUCUCUCCAAUUUAAAACGUCGCUGAGUAAAAUGGACGAAGCGAGGUAUCUAAAAAGAAAAAUAAGAUCUGGAACUUUAGAUGUUCAUCCGACAGAAAAAGCUUUGGUUGUCAAUUAUGAUGUCGAAGCUCUGAUUUUGGGAGAAUUAGGAGAUCCUAUGCUUGGAGAUCGAAAGGAAUGUCAAAAAAUAAUUAGACUGAAAAGUUUAAAUGCCGACACAAAUGUAGCCUUAUUGGCUAAAGAAGUCAUUGAAAAAUGUUCCUUAAUUCACGAAUCGAAAUUGCACGAAGUGGAGCAGCUUAUUUAUUAUCUACAAAAUCGGCGAUCAAACAAUGACGGGUACGAAAGCAAUUCACAGCCACCAAGACCAACUUCGACAAAUUCCAUAAAUAAUGAAAAUAGCAGCUCAGAAAGAGCUGUUAUCAGUAAUAUUGAUAGCUAUAUUGAAUUUCUCUACGAAGAAAUUCCAGAGAAAGUGAAAGGUUCUUCGCUAAUUUUACAAUUAGCGAGAGUGCCCGAUAAUUUGUUAGAACUCGCGAAAAAUGAAUCGUUAUUAAGCGCUUUAGCGAGAGUUUUGAGGGAAGAUUGGCGACGAAGUAUUGAGCUUUCUACGAAUAUUAUUUAUAUAUUUUUUUGCUUUUCAACUUAUACUCGGUUUCACAAUAUCGUUCUGGAAUACAGGAUUGGUUCUCUCUGUAUGGACAUUAUCGAUUUCGAACUGCAUCGAUACGACCAGUGGAAAGAAGACAUGGAAAAACACCGUCGGCAUUUCGAAAGCAAUACAGGCCUCUUACUUUUUCCCGCCGGAAAUGGUGACAUUUGUGAUAAAAAAAUAAAAAUCCUCGACGAUAUUUGGAAUUCGGAUGGUCCCCUCGAGUUUGAGACGAGAAUAUUUAAGGACGAUGUUUCGCUCAAAGUUUCCGAAAGCGAAGUGAAGCGUCUAAAAGACGACUUGGAGAAAAAUCGAAAAAAAUUUAAGAGCCUCACGAAAAAACAAGAACAAUUACUGAGAGUUGCGUUCUAUCUUCUGCUAAAUAUUGCCGAGAACACAGAAGUUGAAAGGAAAAUGCGAAAGAAAAACGUUAUUGGAAUGCUCGUGAAAACCCUCGACAGGUUUAACAGCGAUUUAUUAAUCUUGGUUGUCACUUUUCUCAAAAAAUUAUCCAUAUUCCGUGAAAACAAGGAACUGAUGGGAGAGGAAAAUGUAGUGGAAAAAUUACCAAAGUUGCUUCAAAAUAACAAUCCGGAUCUGCUUUUGUGCACAAUGAAACUUUUGUAUAAUCUCUCAUUUGAUACAAAAAUGAGGAGCAAAAUGAUAAGAGCCGGUUUAUUGCCGAAAUUGGUGAAAUUUCUUGCACAGGGCGAAAUAAAAAGCAAGUCGACAAUUCUUGGAUUAUUGUAUCACGCAAGCAUGGAUGACAAAGUGAAGGCAAUGCUCACAAAUACUGAUUGCGUACCUUUGGUGACGGAUAUGUUAUUGGAUUCGGGUGACGAGCGACAUAAACCAGAAUUAAUUGCCCUGUGCAUUAAUUUGGCAGCGAACAACAAAAACGCACAAAACAUGGUUGAAAAUAGUCGUUUACAAAGAUUAAUAAGCAAGGCUUUUAGAAAUCAGGACGCAUUAAUUAUGAAAAUGAUUCGGAAUAUAUCCCAGCAUGAUUCUACAAAAGAGAGUUUUGUGGAAUUCGUGGGCGAUUUUGCAAUGGCAUUAAACCAAUCUGAUUCUCAAGACUUUGUCCUAGAAAUUGUCGGUAUAAUGGGAAAUUUGGCGUUGCCAGAUUUGGACUACACACAAAUUCUUCAGAGGUGUAAUCUCAUUCCUUGGAUUCGCAGCAAUCUUGUUCCCGGUAAAGCACAAGACGAUUUAGUUUUGGAAAUUGUGAUAUUUUUGGGCACGGCAGCUGCCGACGAAGAUUGUGCUCAAUUAAUGUGCAAGGCUGAUAUACUUUUGUCGCUCAUUGAAUUAUUAAAAGGUAAGCGACUAAAAAAAAAUAUCUAG